UGCCCCAAGCACAGCGGAUCAUCUUAGUAAAAUCCAGAUCAGAUCAAUUCAGUUUGAGAUCAUCGGCUAAGCCAAGUCAAUCUCCAAAGAAAUCCAAUCUAUACUUUGAUCCAACAGAGCGAGAUGUCCUUUCGCUCGAGAUCACGAACCCAGGCACCGUUGGCCAGUCGCCGGCGUUCCCUGUCCUCCAGUUCUCGGAUGGCUCCCUCGAGUACUACCUCGGGUGCCUAUAACUAUAAUGGAAGUAGCUACAAUGGAUCCAGCAGUAGCUCCGGUCGCCCGCUGAGCACUGGUUACUUUCCAAGCAGCGGAGGCGGGGUUUCCUCCAGUUACCAGAGUCCCUAUGCCAGUGUGUACAGCUCCCGGGAGAGUUUGUAUGGCGGCGGAGGAGCCAGUGCUGGACGCAGUGCCUACGGUAAUCGCUAUGAAUACGGGCAACCAAGUAUCAUCACCACCAUCAUCAUCACCAGCAGCAGCAGCAGUUCACCAGCCACCACUAUUUGAAUCAACAUUCCCAGCCAUCG